ACAGGCAUGCUGAACAAGCACCUGAGUUCUCUAAUGGCCGGUCUGACUGCCAAGGUCUUCAGGACAUACAACGCCUCCAUCACCUUACAGCAGCAGCUCAAAGAGCUCACAAACAAGUCCGACAAUGAGCCAGAGAAACUGCUGUCCUACAACAGAGCUAACAGAGCAGUUGCCAUUCUGUGUAACCACCAGCGGGCGCCGCCAAAGACCUUUGAUCAGUCUAUGGCUAACCUUCAGGCCAAGAUUGAUGCUCGAAAGGAAGCGCUGUCCCUCGCAGAAACGGAGCUGAAACAGGCCAAGAAGGAGGCGAAGACCAGAGGCAGCUCGGACCCCAAGCAGCAGACUCCUGCUGUUACCGCACAGAGAUGA